AUGCAGUACCUUCGUGGAGAUGCUCUUAUAUGGUGGGAGGGAGUACGAUUGAGUCACUUUGGGCCAGAGAGGCUUACCUUCGCAUACUUCAUCCGAGAGUUCGAUAGGAAAUACUUUCCGAAGGAAGCUAUGGAUAGGAAGAAAUGCGAGUUCGAGCAUGUAAGCCAGGGUGAGAUGUCUAUCAGGGAGUAUGAGGUUGUGUUUAACCAACUUCGCAGAUUUGCUGGAGUGGGCAUUUCCGAGGAAGACUUGAUCAGAAUUUUUUUGAGUGGGAUGCGAGUGGAGAUUCGCAACCGGUGUCGUGUAGUCACUUACCACAGAUUGGGAGAGUUGGUGGAGAAAGCUGCUGAGCAGGAGGCAGGUUUGGCAGAGGAGCAGAAACUUGCUAAAGCAGUUCAUGUUAAGUCUGCAAAAGCUCCAGAGUCCCAUAGCAGAGGAGGAGACCAGUACCAGUCCGGGUUACCGACUUGUCGCCGUUGUCGUCGCCGACAUAGUGGGAAGUGUCCUAGGUGUUUUAUUUGUGGUCAGCUGGGGCAUAUUGCGAAGUAUUGUCAGGUUAAGCCUGUGGAUACGGUUCCAGUCAGACAGAUUGCAGCACCAGCAGCACCAGCAGUGGCACAAGUUUGCUUUGGCUGUAAUCAGCCAGGUCACUUCAUUAGAGAUUGUCCGAGGAGGGGCAAUACGGCACUUCCACCACCACCGAAGCGUCUAGCCAUCGCUCCACGUGUGUUUGCGGUUGGAGAUCCUCAGGGAGCUGAGCCGAUAGCGGGAUCGGUUUCGGUUGGAGGUGAGUCAGCUCAUACGUUAUUCGACACGGGAGCUUCUCAUAGCUUUGUGAGUCCGCGUUUAGUCCAGUCUUGGUCCUUUCGGGGUGCCUUCGAACCGAAGGCUAAGCAGAUUCAGACAGCCGGCACGGAGAGAUUGGGAGCCGUCGGCGUUCAUCACGACGUACCAGUCUUGCUUGGAGGGAUUGAUUUACUCGGAGAUUUGACGGAGAUGGAGCUGAAUUACUACGACGUUAUUCUCGGGAUAGAUUGGUUAUCACGACAUCGAGUAGUACUGAAUUGCCCGAGAGCGAGAGUUCAUAUCCCUAGAGCAUAA